AUGACACAAACCAGUUGUUUAAGUGAGACCAGUAUCGCCUCGACUACCGACAGAAAAGUCAUGAAUCUGCAAGACUUAUGCGGCCGAUCAAAUCGUAAUGCAGCGCGAUUAUUGGGUGGCGAAUAUACAGAAUCGCAUGAAUUUCCCUGGCUUGCGAAUAUUCACAUAAAGUCCAAAUUGCUAGUUAGUGGAGCAUUGAUAAACGAUCGUUAUGUUUUAACAGCGGCUAGUCAACUUGUUGGAGCAACAGCACAUGAAAUAAAGAUAUCCUUGGGAGAAUACGAUCGAUGUACUUUAGAUGUCUCAUCAGUAAACAACAGCGUCGAAUCUGUAACUUUGCAUCCAGAAUUCAAUCCGGAGUCGAGUACUCAUGAUCUAGCUUUAAUUCGUUUGAGUCGACCAAUCAAAUUCGAGAAAAGAAUAUCGCCAGUAUGCUUACCCAAUCCAGGAUCAACUUAUCUCGGUCAAGUUGGAACUUUAGUAGGAUGGACCAGGCACAAAGACAAUGUUGAUGUUGAACUGUGUAGGCCUCGAAAAAUAGGACUUCCCAUUCUGGGAUAUAAUGAGUGUAUUAAAUCAGGAAUAAAUCUAACAUUAAAUGAUGAUUACGGAUGCAUUGGGGUUGUGGGUACAAAAUCUUUGGUGUGCAGUAAGAGAGUGUUCUCUGUGCUGCGCUCAGUAGUCGCCUCGUGCUGUUUUCAGAAGGUGAAAUCUCAACAGAAGUCGCGCAUCAUGAAGCCCCACUUAACCCUGACGACCGCAAUUGGCAUUCUUCUGACCCUAGACGCACGCGCGCAGAAGCAGCGUCUACACUUACGAGUAAAUCCAAAUUGCGAAUGUGGGGAAACAGGAGGGAUAUCGAAUCGCAUCGUCGGCGGAAAAAUAACAAUUCCGCAUAUAUUUCCUUGGGUCGUCGCAAUACUCAACAAGAGAAGUCUUCAUUGCGGAGGCACAUUAAUUAAUAAUCAAUACGUGUUAACUGCCGGACAUUGCGUUAAAUGGACGAAUCAUGCCGAUCUCUCGAUUGGCGUAGGUAUGCACGAUAUCCUAAAUCCAAACGAGGGAUACAUAGCUGCAAUUGAUGAAGUAAUUUUACACGAAAAUUUCGAGAGUGAUUAUCUCCAUGACACAAAUGAUAUUGCCUUGAUUCGAUUACGGCAUCCGGUUAAAAUCAAUGAAAACGUGAGACCUGCUUGCCUUCCACAUAAAGGUUCUGAUUAUACGGGACAAUACGUCAAAGUUACUGGAUGGGGACGUGUCCAGGUCGAAGGAGAACCUUCUCAAUUUUUGCGUCAAGCAACCUUGAAAGUAAUGUCUUUCGCAGCCUGUAAGAAUACUUCAUUUGGAGAUCAUCUGACGGAAUCGAUGAUGUGUGCUUACAACGAUAAUACUGAUGCAUGUCAGGGUGACAGUGGCGGACCUCUUCUGUAUGAAAGAAUGGAUGGAAAAUAUGAAGUAAUUGGUAUAGUUUCCUGGGGUAUUGGAUGCGCCGAUCCUGGGAUCCCAGGUGUAUAUGUGAAAAACACGGAUUAUUUAAACUGGAUAAAAUAUCACAGUAGAGAUGGUAUUUAUUGCGUGGAUAGAUAA